AUGUCAUUAAAAACUUCACUGAUCAGACGAUCGUCGUCUAUAUCAAAUGGCUCUUCAUCAAGCAGAUCAAGACUUUUAAACUCAUUUAAUUAUAUACCCUCAACAACAACAAACUCGACUGCUUCCAAUGCGGUCCACUUGUCAUCAUCGUUCAGACCUACUAGUCAACCAACUUCAAUCAAUUUAACUUUGGAGCCACUUAAUGACACUUUUAAACGUAAAAAUUUAGUUCUUUAUGACAAUGAACCAAUUAAAAUCGGUAGGUCGAUAAACAAAUCCACAACACCCUCAGAAUCUAAUGGAUUUUUUGAUAGUAAGGUGUUAUCCAGAUCUCACGCUGAGAUUUUGUUUGAGAAAAGUAACAAUGUUGGUGAAAAAAGAAAGAAUAGUAUGGAGAUGAAAGUAGAAGGAAAGGUGUUAAUUAAGGAUUUAAAAUCAAGUAAUGGAACUUUUCUUAAUGGGAGGAAAAUUGGUGUGGAAAAUGAUGAAUUUGAUGCUGUGGAAUUGAAUAAUGGAGAUUUACUUGAAUUUGGAAUUGAUAUAAAUAACGAACAAGAUCCAAAGACGACAUUUAGAAAAAAAAAUAUCAAAUUUUCCAAGUUAUCCUUAUCAGCACCAGCACCAGCAUCAUCAAAUUUUAACGAUGAUUUAUCAAUUUAUGAUUUAAUAGAGAGAGAAUUGAAUUUAGCAAAGCAAGAUUCACAAAAUUUAAUUCAAAUGAACAAUAUGUUGAAUGAUUUUAAUGAUAUACUUGAAGAUUAUAGCAUAAAUGAUAGUAAUAAGCAAGAUCAACAACAUCAGUAUGAAUUAUUACAAAAUUCGUAUCAAGAUUUACAUAAACUCUAUACCAAAAGUAUUGAAGAACAUGAAGAAGAAAAGCAAAAAAUAAUUUUCAAGUUCACAAGCCAAUUGAAAGAGAAACAUGAACCAGUGAAAAAUAAUGAGCAAGGUCAAAAAAAUAAUUAUCAGCAAUUAUUAUUAGAUAAAGAAAAAGAAUAUGAUGAUCUAUUGAAUAAAUUUAACUUGCAUACUAAAGAAUAUAAUUUGAUGAAAGAAAACUACAACACAGUUAUAAAAAGAAUAAGCGUAAUAGGUGAAUGGGUUAAUUCAAAUAUAGACAAUAAUAAUUUAUCAAAUUUAUCAAAUAACAAAGUUGAAGAUAUUGUUGAACUUUUAAAAGUUUUUGAUAAGUUAGAAAAGAUUAUUGAAUUAAAAAAAGCAGAAUUAGAAGGUUUAGAAAUAAUUAAAAAAGAAAAUAACAAAUUGAAUGAUUUAAUCGGUCAAAAAGAUUCUAAAUUGUUAGAAUUGGAAAAAAUGAUCAAAGAGUUUGAAGCAAUUAAUGAUAACUUAAAAAUUGAAAAAGAAAAUGUACUUGUUUCUUCUUUGAUAAAUAUCUAUUUACAUUGUUACUAG